GUUAAGUUAGGCUUUCGCUUCCGUCACGUCCGUCGGCACUGCCAAUAAUUCGGUAGAAGGAAUGGUAUAAGUUUUUCAUAUUUGGCAGUACUGUGAAGGUCAUGACGUUUUUUGCACAAAUAUAAACAUUCGAACGAAAAAUUGAUAACGCUGUUUGCAUUUCGUGUUGAUGUCAGUUCCUGCGUUUAUUUAAAUUCUAGUCGUGUGCUCUGUCGGAUAGUGUUUUAAUAUAAUUCUACAGAAAGGAAGCUGAAUGCGGCGAGAAUUAAUGAAAAUUUAAUUUUAGUUUGCUUAUGCGAAUAAUGAAUUUAUUUGACAUAUGACAGAAUAGAAUAAUGCAAUUUAGGCAUUGUAUAUAAGAUAUAUAUUUUAUUUAUUUCUGUAACAUAUUUAUUCAGUAAAGAAAAUAAAUUUUCCAAAAUGAGGACGUCUAUGAAAAUUUUCAAAGAUUUCUCCAAAAUGUUGGACUUUUAUUCACAAUUUAACCCAUCUCCUCUAUCAAUCAAGCAGUUUUUGGAUUUCGGGCGCAGUGCAUGUGAAAGAACAUCUUUCAUCUUUUUACGAAAGGAGCUUCCAGUACGGUUAGCUAAUAUCAUGAAGGAAAUUCAGCUGCUUCCAGAAAACUUAUUACGGAUGCCAUCUGUGAAUCUCGUGCAAAGCUGGUAUCAAAAAAGUUUUGAAGAAAUUCUUGUGUAUGAAUCUGUAGAUACAUCUGAUCCUAAGAUUUUAGAGACUUUUUGUGAACGCUUAAUAAAGAUUCACAACCGUCACAAUGAUGUUGUUCCAACAAUGGCUCAAGGUGUGAUUGAACUAAAACAGUCAUGUCAGCUUGAUCAACAAACAGAACACAGUAUACAAUAUUUUCUGGACCGAUUUUACAUGAGUCGCAUUUCUAUACGUAUGCUGAUCAAUCAGCAUACUUCUUUAUUUGGAACAAACUUGAAUGGACACCCAAGACAUAUCGGUUGCAUAGAUCCAAAUUGUAGUGUGACAGCUGUUCUAAAAGAUGCUUAUGAAAAUGCAAGAUUCCUCUGUGACCAGUAUUACAUGAUUUCUCCUGACCUUGAAAUAACUGAGCAUAAUGCAUGCAAGUGUAAUGUAUCUGGGCCUGAUCCUGGUUCUCAUAUAUCUGUAGUCUAUGUGCCCUCUCAUUUGUAUCAUAUGCUUUUUGAACUUUUCAAAAAUGCUAUGCGAGCUGUUGUGGAGCAUUAUGACUCGGAUACAGAUAACCUGCCGCCAAUUCAUGUCAUUGUUGCUCUAGGAAAAGAAGAUCUUACUAUAAAGAUGUCUGAUAGAGGUGGUGGAAUCCCUCGCUCACUUAUAGAUACUUUGUUCCAAUACAUGUACUCCACUGCGCCAACUCCCUCACCUUCCACCGAGUCCACACCUUUGGCUGGCUAUGGCUAUGGACUGCCUUUGUCUCGAUUGUAUGCUCGUUACUUUCAAGGGGAUUUGAUUGUUACCUCUGCUGAAGGAUAUGGCACAGAUGCUAUCAUAUAUCUCAAAGCUCUUUCUGAUGAGGCUAAUGAGUUACUUCCUGUGUUCAAUAAAACAUCAAGCAGACAUUAUCGUGCCACUGUGGGAACACAUGAUUGGAGUACUCAGAAUCAGACUAUGGGCAUGCGACAGUUCACCACGUUUAAUGACAAACGAAGAAUAUCUGCUAGCUGAAGAUGGCUACUUUAGUUUCACUUCUAAAACUAGUUCCAAGAAGUAAUAAAUAAAAAAAAGUCUGUGUGAUGUUCUGCUGUUAAUGUGUCAUUGUAUUUAACUUACAAGAUUCUUUCUGUCAUGGACACUCUGAAAAAUGAUACCUACAUAAUCCACUGUAGUCAAACGCUGCCUAUUUGAAGUAUUACAACUCUCAGUGAGUGAGCUUUGUCAAUACAGUGUUAUAUGGAACAUAAAUCUAGGAGUUUUAUGACAACUUUUAGGAUUUGAUAUCUUAGUUUUUCUUUCUGUUUUAAUUCGAAAACUUGUGUUUAGUAUUUUACGAACAUCCCAGUGGCAUGAAAUUUGUUGCAGUGUUGUAAAAGUUUGUAUAUUUGUUGGUAGUUAAACUCUAGAUUGACUUUGAGAUCUUUUUUUUUUUUUUUUUUUUUUUUAAGAAUUUAAGAGAUAGAAUUAUUAGCAUCAUUGCACAAGAAUAAUUUAAAUUAUUCCACCUGAUUUAAGUGAUGUUUAUUAAAAUGUGAUAAUUUUUUUAAAAAAAUUCUGAUUGUAAAUAAUUUUUUAUGGGGUGGUAGGAUUUUCAUACAGUUAGUAUGGAAUUUAUAAAAAUGGAAGUAUGUUUCAAUGCUAAUUAAAUGAAAGAAAUCAUAAUGUAAAUGAAAAUGAGAAGUAUAAUUUUUUUUUUAUUUUUAAUGAUGUUUAUUAAAGUAUCAGAGAUAAUAGAGCUUUGGAUGACGAACAAUAGUUAAGUAUUGCUAUGUGAAAUAGAUAAAAGGAAGCCAUAUCUAGUGCUAUAGCACUCUUCAAUCUUUGAAUGCACAACAAAGUUAUGCAAAGCAAACUUCCAAUAAUUAAAAAAAAGAAGAAGAAAGGAUGUAUUAUGAAUUUAUUAAAAAAAUAUGCCAAAUUUUUUUGUAUAGUUACCAAAAUUUUUAAUUAUUUCUUGAAUAUCAAGUUGUUUCUCAAGAUGUGUAUGUAGUUAUUUUUGUAUAAAGAAAAUAUUAUUUUAUUCAUUGUAGAUAGUAGAAUAAGAAAAGCAACAUAUAUUGUUUUAGUAUUUGAAACUAUUACUAUUAAAAAAAUUGAGAUUUAUUUGCAUUAUUCCUUUUAUGCAUAUUUAUGCAGGUUUUUCCAUAUUGAAAGAAAAAAAUUAAUUCAUUAGAGCAGUGAUUUCAUAAAUGUAAUAUCCAUUUAUUGUGCUUACAAAUUAAUAACUCAGUAAUUUGGAUAUCUGCUUUUAAUCAUCAAUUUCAAUUUAAUUGCAAAUUGGAAUUUUUAAAAAUGUGUAACUUUCAUAUAUGUGUGUGUAUAUAUAUACAUUAAAAUUCAGCCAGUUUACUAAAAACUUUAAUUUAUUGAUUCUUUUAAAAUCAGAGAAAAUUAGAAAGAUUUAAUUUCUUAAUUGUUUAUUAAUACAAAAAUUAUUUCAAUAUGAAAUUUAAUGUGUUUUAAAAGGUUUAAUUGUAAAUUCUGAAAAUGAGAUUAACCCCAGUGCAAAUGUAUUUAAUUUGUAAAAUUUCUUUUUAUUUCAGUAAAAUGUUAUAAAUAAUUUGUAUUUUAUAGAUUAUAUGUAGUUUAUAGGAUGU